GCUGGCUUCUUUAUUUUUUUUUUAAUGCACAGACAACCACUAUUCAUUAGGGUUGAGCCUGCGCUUUUCGCUUCGCUUCAUCUUAUAGUUGGAGCUUGAGUAAGUCCAUCUUAGAGUUAUCAUGGCCACUCAAAUCAGUAAGAAACGCAAGUUUGUUGCGGAUGGAGUUUUCUACGCAGAACUGAACGAGGUAUUGACUAGAGAAUUGGCUGAGGAUGGAUACUCUGGUGUUGAGGUUAGGGUUACUCCCAUGCGCACCGAGAUCAUCAUCAGGGCUACUCGUACCCAAAAUGUUCUUGGUGAGAAGGGAAGGAGGAUCAGGGAGCUCACUUCCGUUGUCCAGAAACGUUUCAAGUUUCCGGAGAAUGGUGUCGAGCUCUAUGCUGAGAAAGUUAACAACAGGGGUCUCUGUGCCAUUGCGCAGGCCGAGUCUCUUCGUUACAAGCUCCUUGGAGGUCUUGCUGUUCGCAGGUAUCUUCACUUAUCUGGUUAUCUAUCUACGCGCUGGUUUGCUGUCUACCUGCUUGUUUUGCUUGCAUGUGAAUUCUCUUGUUCUGUUCACCAAGUCAUCUUUACAGCGAGUUGGGUUAUUUUAAAAUGUCCAUCUCGUGUCUGAGGGUGACAAUAUUUGUUAAUGCCAUCAAUUCCUUAUAAUCCAAGGAUUGCAACUGUUGUUCCUUGCACUGAAC